AUGGCAACAGACAGCAGCAUCUCGUCGGCCUUCGCGGCUGCAGCGAAGGGCGGGACCUCCUUCCCUGUUGAACAACUGGCCACUGCCGCUCGUACAGCUGGCGCAUCUCCCUCUUUGGCGGAACUAAAAGCCUUCGCUGCCAAGUGUUCUGGAGGUGUGAACUCCGCAGUGUUUGCCGACUUCUGCAAGCAGACAUCUCACAAGGAUACUGCGGAGAGUCUCUUGACCUUCUUUCAGUCCAUGGACCUCAUGGGCACCGGAAAGGUCAAGAAGACGGAGGUCAAGAAAUGCGUUAUGAACUUUGGAGAAUGCCUUUCAGAAGAGGAGGCCAAUGCGGUCCUCGAUGAUAUUUUCCCAGGGCAGGAAGACAUCAGUUACCAAAUUUUCAUUCAGAAACUACUGCAGUGA